GACAUAUGGUCUAUUAUAGCUGUCUAUCGGCAGUUGACCUUUGAUCAUUAGGUAGUGAUGUUCCUUUUCGAGCCAUGCGACUGAAGUCAUAUGUGUCCUCUCUAUCCACUAUUAGAGGAAAAUACUCAGUAGACUGGGUUUCUCGACUCCUCACUUUCCUUUACCAUAACAUCCAGAUUGCUACUGAAAGGAAAAAGAAUCCAGAUUCCAAAGCCUGACUUCUGGUCACAAGAGAAACAUGGUUAGAUUGAUCAAUUUGGGUAAAAAGAAGGUAUCAUUGGGGUGUCUAAUGCAAUCUUAAUUAGUAAUGGACAUAUAACAAGAUUAAGUAUUGGGAAUGGCCAUGGGUGGUAUAGGGAAUGGGUGCGAAACUGGUUUGUAUUUCUCAUGUGCAGUAGAAUAUGCAUCCAUAUUGGAUCUCUCGUCUCUGCCUGGAAGACUGGCGCCGCCGCUGCCGCUGCGUCUGAGCUACCUAUUCCGCUGCACAUGUCAAUGGGCCCACCGCUGGGCGAUUGGCAGUGGCGUUGGGCGCAUUUCUGGUCUAUGCGUCGUACAUGCACCGCACGGUGGCUCGGCCACCUUCUCCACUGCACACUGAUUAUUUGGCACAAGGAAAAAACAUUUCGGAGAUCUGCUGGGAGCUGGAAGUCAUUUCUGAAAUACUUGUUAUUUGACAUGGGGAUGCAGUAUUUCCAAGAUCCGCCAAGGGCCAGAAGUUACUCUCACAAUGCUUAUUAUUUGGCACGAGGACAGCAUUUGAGAGAUCUGCCGAGGGCUGGAAGUCAUUUCUGUAAUACUUGUUAUUUCACAUGGGGAUGCGGCAUUUCCAAGAUACACUGAAGUUAUUCUCGCAAUGCUUAGGAUCUGAUCCUGCACACUCAGCUGAAUGAUAUCCAACAUUUUAACAUCAUACAUCAUGAUGGCACCAGGUGGAGCUGCAUGGUAGCAUGGCACCACCAUGGAGCCAAGGAACACUUACAGUAGGACAUGCAUUCAUGUUGGAUCACUUGCCACUGCCUGGAAGACUGACGCCGCCACCGCCGCCACGUCCGGCACAUGUCAGUGGGUCCUUCGUUGGGCGAUUGGCGGUGGGGUCCUUCGUCCGGCACGUUUCUGGUCUACGCAUCGUAGGUGCGCUGCGUGAUGGCUCGACCACCUCCUCCACUUCACACUCCGAUUAUUUGGCAUGAGGACACAGCAUUCCGGAGAUCUGCCGAGGACUGGAAGUCAUUUCUGAAAUACUUGUAAGUUGUCAUUACCUCAGAAUGCUUUCAUGUUUAUGCACCUAUAUAUUGAUUUCUGAAUGUGCCUCGCCAUUAGAAUGAUAAUCUGACCCAGUAUGUCCCAAAGAAGAAUGUACUUGCGAUUGCAUUUUAAUAGGGGGUGUUUUCUCGAGUACCGCUUUAGAAGGUCUGGUCCUGCAAACCUAAGCUGAAUUAUAUACGCACAAUGGGACAACAUUUCAACAUCAUACAUCAUUAUAUUGCCCUAUUUAAAUUUCAAUCAUAUAACCGCCCCUAGAAUUUUAGCCCAUUUAGGGGUUGAAUCGGACUGGUCAGAAUCAGAUGCCACGGUUGUAAGUUGGAACCAGGUACUACCCACAGCAAAGCACAGACCAGAAAAUGCGUGUCGAAUGAAGUGAUCACAUGGUGUGCUGCAAAUGCAAACUAGAAUAUACCUCUUGAUAUUGUAGCAAGUUGCCUGAGUUGCAUACCAACUUGAUCAGGGCCCCAAGGAUAAGGCAUGCCCACAAGCCAUGGUCCCCAUCAGGCAGCCUUCUCAUGCCAAAACACACUUGAGACAGGGUGGUAUGGAUGGCUGGUCCUGUAUAAUUUUUUUAGCUUAAUGCCUCUAGCAGUUGAAGGAAUCAGUACUACAGUAGAGCAGCAAUCACCCAACUAGAAGUAUUUGCUCCAUCCCUCACCGAUAACCAAAAAUCUGAUCCCCCAAAAUAUUUGAUCAAAUCAUUUAUCACAUUGUCUGCAGCUGCAACAUUGCAUGCGGAGCACUCAUGGCCUUGUCUCCUGCAGCUCCCGCCCCACCAUCUUUUCUGGUAGCUACACAUGACCCACUCCUUCGACUAUAAACCCAUGACCCGCGCAACACAACUUCUACAUCUCCAAACGACACAGCAAUCUGUGCAAAAGUGUAUCACACCAUCAGAGCCAAAGUGCAUUUUAGCCAAGAACACAUAGCAACCAUGAUCCAUUCAAAGAAGCUUGCUCAGCUUGCCAAGAAGUGCCAGAGGCUGGUGGCAGCUGGUGGCCAGCAGACUGCAGACACCGACGGAUGCUGCAGCACUGCCUCUGUUGCAGACAGGGGUCACUGUGUCAUGUACACUGUUGAUGGAUCACGGUUCGAGGUCCCUUUGGUGUACCUUGGCACAAUGGUCUUCGGCGAGCUCCUGAGGAUGUCUCAAGAGGAAUUUGGCUUCUCUAGUGAUGGCAAGAUCAAAUUACCUUUUGAUGCCUCUGUGAUGGCCUAUGUGAUGUGUUUGAUUAGGAGAGAGGCCUCUGAAGAGGUUGAGAAGGCGUUCCUGAGCUCCAUAGCAAGGCCUUGCCACAGUGCGAGUUAUGUGGCUUCAGUGAAACUUAAUCAGCAAUUUGCUGUUUGUAGCUAGUGAUAAAUGUUUUGUUCAGUUGAAUGUAAAUUAUAAGAGUUGUAGGAAUGCAAGGAAGAUACAUAUUUUCUCAUCUUAGCAGAUCA